AUGCAAGAUGAAUCAGGAUAUAUCGGUUUUGCGUUUAUUACGCCUACAAGUAUGCUUCCAUGUGGAGUAAAGAAACAACAUCAGCUGCUUUCGAGAAGCGUGGAAAGUUUGUCUUCAAGUUCCUCGUCAAGUAGCAGAGUCGCUGUUGAGUCAAUUCCUCUUAUACGAGAACACGGAAGAAAGGUAUGUAUCAGGUUUUUUGAUACAAUUCGAAAAGCGACAAGAACUCAGUUUUUUAGUGUCCUUUCCGGAAGCACCAUGUCCUGCAUUUAUGAGAUAAUUCACGCUUGGCUACCUGAGGUGGGUGGAUUGGUGUGCUACACUGUGCAGAGUGAUGACCAUGGAAGACUAUUCCCUCUAGUUAAGGAGGUUUUACAUCCAGGGGUAGAAGUACCUGAACUCCUUUUCUGUCAAGAGGUUUUUUUACCUUUGCAAAAAGUAACAGACUUAUGGGGUGUUGUCAACAUUCUUGUAAUGCAGCAUCACAAUGAUCUUGUUCCCGGUUACAUACCACUAAUCAUUCAGCGUACAUCUAUGUCAUCUAAAGAGGCGAUACAGGAACAAAUUCGGUAUCUAUGCUGUGCAUCACCUGCAGAAGCUGAAUAUAUGAAAUUACAGAGUUUCCUUAGCUGCAGUAUCUAUGAAGGGGUUAUCGAGUUGAUUUCCUUUUUUGAUUCAUUUGAUAAUGAUUUGGAAUCCCUCCCCCAGAUUGCAAUAGUUUAUCCUGCCUUAGCGACAGGGGAUUUGGUGCGCGUUGAUAUUGUAGAUCGAGUUGGUCGAAGAUAUAGUGUGCAAGGUGUAAUCAAACAUAGUCGACGAAAGGACGGUGUUAUUUGCUAUGACGUAGAAGAUGUUACACUUGGUCACGUUUUGGAAGGUUUAACUUGUGUUCAGGCGUUACCGUUGUAG